AAGACAACAAAAGAGAAUCCCAAAAUGGCAAGUUUAUCUACUGCAGCUUUCCUCCGCAACAAUGCACUCAAUGCAGGUGCAACUCCUAGAGUUCUUCUCCCCGUCACGACAAAACACUUCCACACGAGUACGAGGAUGGAGAAUUCCGUUUGUGAUGAAUCCAACAACUAAUGCACAAGAAAAAUUGGCGAAGAAGGCGGAUGAAGGAGCGAAGACGAUCUUUGACGCUACCGGAAAUUUGAAGGAUAAGACAAGAAUGCAGCAGAAGAAACGUUGGAUAAAGUGAAGUAAAGGACAUGAUGGAGAAGAUCAAAGACAUGGUGAUCGGAAAAUCCGAGGAAACCAUAGACCAUCAAAUCCACUGUCAAGAGUGUCGAACGAAACAUGAAUAUAAAUCGUAUUUCAAACCGGAUGGAGUUUGUGGAUAUUAAGUAGCCGGAGUUAGAGACCUGAAUUAAUAUUUAUUGUUCAUA